AGAUUGUUUGCAGCAGUUCCCCCGCUGCCCGGCUUGUAACCAGGACUGUGACGUGGCCCUGAUCCUGCCGUGCUCUCACACCAUGUGUGGUCGCUGUGUCGCUGCUGCAGAGGGAUCCAGGUCGUGUCAGUCUGUCUGCUCGGUGCCGUGCCCCUGCUGCAGACGUGAUGUGGAGCUGCCGUGCUGGGCCUGGUCGUCUGCCACAUCCUGUCUCCCCAAGCACCGGCAGCCAGGCAUCGAAGACGGGUCACCUGGAGAUCAGCUUCAACGUGAGCAGGGGGAGGAAACAGCACAGACCGGUUUACACUGCUCCGAUGCUGCCAGUUCCUCAGCAUCACCACAGGAUGGUGCUGUUGACCUGCAAGAAGAGGAAAUGGAGCGGUCCGUGUUCGGACUGCAUUUUGCUCUGGACCCUUCAACUGUCCCACCAUCCCUCCAUCUUUCCAACUCCUCCCUCACGGUCACCUACCACAGAGAGAGGACAAUACUACUGGGAGGUGGACGUCUGUAACAGCUCCAUCUACAGGAUCGGAGUGAUCUCAUUGGACGGCUCCGCUGGCUGGUGGCUUGAGAGGCACGACUCGUCCUUCUGUGCCGUGUACGAUGGGAGCUGUGAGCCACUUUGCACUGUCCCGCCUCAGAUCAAAAGCCUCGGGGUCUUCCUCAACAUCGGAGGGGGAACCCUGAGCUUCCACAACCCUGUGACCCGGGAGCAUCUCACCACGCUGCCCACCCGCUUCGGCCCUGCUGGAGUGCGCCCAGCGCUGGGACUGGGCCAGGGCAGGCUGAGGCUGCGCUGCGGCCUCCCCCCUCCUCCUCACGUGUUCCUCAGUAAGGACUCGGCCUACAGGGGGCCUCGUGGGGCCGACGCUAGUCGGUGGCGCAGGGAGGUUCCCUUCCAGUCUGUGAGGAGAGUCAUACAGAGGUUUGAGGAGCUGGCUUUGUCAGACUCGGACUCGGGCCUGGUGUCCAGUUUUGGAUCGUCCUGCUCCACCUUGGCCUCCCUUCCAGAUGUGGCAGGUCCUGGGACCUUUCCUUCUGGCCAAGCAGGACAGGAAACUGGAACUGAAUGA